AUGCAGAGCUCCAAUUUCGAGCCAAUUGCCGUCAUCGGGUUUGGCCUUAAGCUCCCUCAACAAGCAUCGACUUCAGCAGGCUUUUGGGAUCUUCUCAUCCAAGGCCGUUCGGCACGUACAGAAACUCCUACUGAUCGGUUCAAUGCCGAGGCUUUCUAUAAGGCAACGGCUGCUGGUGACAGACAAAGAGUGGGCACAAUAAAAACUAGACAUGGGCAUUACAUUGCCGAAUCCUUGGACCGCUUCGAUGCUCCCUUUUUCUCCAUAUCUCCCCAUGAAGCAGAAUGCAUGGAUCCACAGCAGCGAUGGCUCCUCGAAGUGGCAUAUCAUGCACUGGAGAAUGCAGGCCUUAGCAUUGAAGAAGUAGAUGGGUCGAAUACAUCAGCAUUCGUAGGCAGCUUCAUGAACGAUUUCGAAACGAUGCUGCACAAGGAUUUGGACAUGCCGAGCACCUACCAUGCUACAGGAAAGGCUAGUGCUAUCCUUGCCAAUCGGAUCAGCUGGUUUUACAACCUCAAGGGCCCCAGUGUCGCAAUCAACACAGCUUGUUCCAGCAGUCUGGUUGCCCUACAUCUGGCGUGUGAGAGCCUCCGUACCGGAGAAACAAGCAUGGGUCUUGUCUGCGGCAGCAAUCUCCUUUUUACCCCAGAGAACACGGCCGGAUUAUCCAACCUCAACUUCCUCUCACCGGAUGGUAUAUGCUACGCAUUCGAUGAACGAGCAAAUGGUUACGCUCGUGGGGAAGGCAUUGCAUGUCUUGUAAUCAAGCCGCUCUCUGCCGCUCUAAGCAACCAAGAUCCCAUUCGGGCCCUUAUUCGAGGAACCGGUGUGAACUCGGAUGGUCGGACUCCCGGAAUCUCACAACCAAGUCCCCGCGCUCAGAUUGAUUUAAUCCGAGGUACUUAUGCUCGCUUUGGCCUCGCGCUCGAUCAAACUCGUUAUUUUGAGGCGCACGGGACCGGCACUCAAGUGGGGGACCCCAUUGAGGCAGAAGCCAUUGCGACGGUGUUUCGUUCAGGACAACAUGACAGACGACCCAUCUAUGUAGGUGCACUGAAAUCCAAUGUUGGCCACCUUGAGGGUGCCAGCGGACUAGCAGCGGUGAUCAAGGCUAUCUUGGUGCUAGAGCGUGGCGUCAUUCCCCCUAAUAUCUGGCAUGAGAGACGGAACCCGGCAAUCAAGGAAGAAUGGGGGUUGCAUUUCCCUACAACCUCAAUUCCGUGGCCCGAAAAUGAGCUUAGGCGUGUUUCGGUUAACUCUUUUGGAUUUGGUGGGACCAAUGCCCAUGCAGUUAUUGAUGGCGCUCAGUCUGUUGUCCGGAAUAAAGGACCGGGGCAUCUGCACAUAAAUGGCAAUGCUUUCCCAUCCCAGGAAGCUACAAAGCUACUGGUCUGGUCAGCAGCCGAUGAGAAGACUGCCUCACGGAUUGCUCAGGGUUAUAAGGAUUUUCUUUCAGAACACACUGAAAGCAGAUCGCCAGCGUACCUAGAGGCCCUUGCAUUCACCUUAUCGCGGCGUCGCUCUCAAUUCCCCUGGAGAACUUUCUGUGUCAGCGACCCUAGCCAGGGGCUCGGCAACCUAAGCGUUCCCCCGGCCGUGCAGGUCAACUCAAAGCUUCAGGUAUGUUUUGUGUUUACCGGACAAGGAGCUCAUUGGGUGGGCAUGGGGAAGGAGCUCCUCGACUACGACGUCUUCAGGCGCAGUCUAGAGGAGUCAGACACACUCCUCCACAAUGUUGGAUGCCAAUUUUCAGUUCUUGAAACACUGUACAGUGAUAAGGGCACCGAACUGAAUCAACCAGAGUUCUGCCAGCCGAUUUGCACAGCUCUACAGGUUGCCCUCGUCGAACUUCUAGCGAACUGGAACGUCCAUCCAUUUGCUGUGGUUGGUCAUUCGUCCGGAGAGGUUUCCGCUGCAUACUGUGCCGGAAUCAUCACUAAAAGCCACGCUCUUGAGCUGGCCUUCUUCCGAGGCUUAGCUGUCUCGGCAACAUCGCGAAUGGGUUCUCCAGAUGGCGGCAUGCUGGCGACACGGCUCUCAUCAGAUAAAUGCUCAAAGCUGCUUGCAGACCUUGCAAAUAGUCAGAACCCCGAAACACGCAACAUAGGUAUCGCGUGCUACAACAGCCCCCAGAACUUGACCUUAUCCGGAGAUACGAAUCAAAUCGAAAGACUGGCACUCACGUUGGAAACAGAAGGAAUCAUAAGCAAAAGGUUGAACGUUAGCAUCGCGUACCACAAUGCAAAGCAUAUGGAACCUGCAGCAAGCUUAUAUCAGGCUCUUAUCAAGAAGUUACACUCGAGCGAGCCCGGAGGGAGGGCGAAUCUAGCACCCAGUUGCUACAUGUUUUCCAGUGUUCGCGAUAUUUUCUUUGCACCAGACUCGGAUGCAUCUGAAGUUUCGAAGCCAGACUAUUGGCUUGACAAUCUUGUCUGCCCAGUACGAUUUACACAAGCCAUGCAGAAGUUAGCAUCGCUACUCGAAAAUAAGGUUGGAAUUGCGAAUAUCCAUUUCAUCGAAGUCGGACCACAUUCUACACUCAAAUCAGCAAUCAAGGAGACCCUGGCCCUAGAAGCCAAGGACUGGAGCGUGGAAAGGUCGUACAGUCAUAUGUUAUCUCGCCAGCAAUCAGCAGUAUCCACCGCGUUGACGGUUGCAGGAAGACUGUAUAGUCUUGGCCUUCCAGUCGAUUUGAGUGCAGUGAAUAAUCAGAACUCGAAUAGCAAUCGGGUACUCUUCGAUCUUCCGUCAUAUACAUUCGAUCAUUCCAAGCGAUACUGGAUGGAAAGUCGCAUCAGCAAGGACUAUCGGUUUAGGAAAUACCCCCACCAUGAUUUCCUCGGCAAGUCAGCAUCGGAUUGGAACCCUCUGGAACCACAAUGGAACAACAGAAUUCUUCUCCAAGAACAGCCAUGGAUCAGAGAUCACCAGGUUUCUGGGGCUUGCGUCUAUCCUGCAGCUGGAAUGCUUGCUAUGGCUAUUGAAGCUACACGACAGGUUGUACAUGUCCCCCACCACCAGCCGAAAGGCUAUCAGUUCAGAGAUGUUGUAUUUAGCAGAAGUGUUGUGGUCCCAGACUCAAGGCUGGGAGUUGAGGUCCAGUUCCGCCUGCGAAAGGUUGAGCAGCUGAGCAUGGACCUUGCCCCUUGCUAUGACUUCCGGCUCUACAUGCACGACCACGGGCAAUGGACUCAAUGUUGUCGAGGCUAUAUUACGGUUGAGCACCAUACUAGCCUUUACGACUUUGACCUCGAUCGCAGUGUGGCGGACGAAUAUGUGAAACGACUGAGUGCAAGCCUCUCGCCAACUGAACACCAGAGAUUCUAUGCACGCUUGCGUGACUCGGGGCUUAGCUAUGGUCCAAUAUUUCAAAUGGAUCGCGACAUCAUGCACGGUGCUGAGAAUGAAGGUGUCGGGACGAUUGAUUUGCAAAGGUGGACCGACAUCAUCGAAGAGAACGACCAAUCGCCCUGCUUCAUCCACCCUGCAGCACUCGAUUGUAUCAUUCAGGUGGCCUUACUUGGGAUCACGCGUGGGGGACAAGUUGAAAUCCCAACCAUCGUACCGACAGCGGUCAAUCAUCUGUGGAUAUCGGCAGAUAUAACACGGCAAAUGGUUGCUGUGUCCGCAAAAUCUGUUCGGAGCAGUGCGCGACGCUAUGAUGUGGAUUACAUCUCAGUUGGGGCUGAGAACGAGAGACCUCUUCUCAUAGGCGAUCUAACACUCACAUCCAUUGAAAAGACUGCUAACCCAGCUGUAAAUGAGACUAAGGAAAGCACCGUCUCCAUGUACCGUGUCGACUGGAAGCCCGAUGUCAAUCUUCUUGGCCCCCAAACUGGGUUAUUUACCGCCCAGCCAUUGCAGCUAUCCCAAAGUGAGUCAGAAAGGAUCAGGCUCACUGAAUAUGCCUGCUUCCUUGCCAUGUCUGAAGUUUUGUGCGCAGUCGAUGGUGGCGUGUCAGUUCAUUCCCAGAGCCCUAAACAUCUACAGAAGUACUUGGCUUGGAUGCGACAUCAGGCCGGGCUUAUAAGAGCGUCCCUUGAUUGGAAAGAUUGGAUCUUUACACAACCAGCAGGUAGUGGGUUCCAGGAACAGCUGUGGCAGAAAGUAUCAUCGUUCGGACCCGAGGGCAGGCUUAUUGUCAAGUUGUGUCGGCAAAUACUGCCCAUCAUCCGGGGUGAGAUUGAUGCGCUGCAGAUUCUCUUUGCCGACGAUAUGUUGGCAGACUACUACCGUCAGGAGAACCCUCCUCCUGAGGUCGUGAAAGGAGUCCAGGAGUAUGUUGACUGCAUGGCGCAUGCCAAUCCUAACAUGCGGGUUCUGGAAAUUGGGGGAGGUACAGGUGGUAUGACACGGUAUAUCCUGGAUAUCAUUGGCAGCCAUGAUGGCAGUGUUGCGGAGCGUUUUACACAGUAUGUGUUCACAGACAUCUCUCCUGCCUUCUUUAAGGACGCCAGAGAGAAAUUUGGCAGAGGGGAAAGGAUCAUGAUGAAGACCCUCGAUAUUGAGAAGAUGCCUGUAGAUCAAGGCUUUGAAAAAGAGGCCUUUGAUCUCGUCAUUGCCAGCAAUGUUUUACAUGCCACCAAGGACUUGGAAUUGACUCUGGGGAACACCAGACAGCUUUUGAAGCCUGGAGGGAAACUUAUACUCAUUGAGGGCACUAGUCCUAACCUACUAAGGACCUCUUUCAUCUUCGGCUGCUUGCCGGGGUGGUGGCUAUCAACCGAGUCGUAUCGCGAGUGGGGACCACUGGUCCCUGUGGACCGGUGGAAUAAGCUGCUCCAGGAUAGCCAAUUCACCGGAGCGGAAUUCCUUAUAGAUGGCCCAGACAGGGAAAACUCAUUGAGUAGUGCGGUGAUCUCAACUGCGCGCCCUCUUGUUCGAUCUAACAGCGACAUGAUGCCAACAUCGUCAGACAUUCUCAUUCUGAGAAAAGAGAGCUCAGGUUUGCAGCAGUCCUUAGCCACCUCGAUAUGCGAAUUGAUUAAAGAUUUGGACCUGUCUGUCAGCAUCCAUGAUGCUUCUGAACUACAUGAGGUUCCCAGUGGAGCUACAGUGGUCUUCUUGCAGACCAUUGACGAUUUCGUCUUCCACGAGCUUGACGGGAAAGGGUACCAGAAUUUAAAGACUACUGUAGCAAUGGCCAAUAAGCUGCUUUGGGUGACACGGAGACACGACAGCCCAAAGCCAGGUUCGUUGAAGCAGGAAGCUGUGCUUGGCCUUGCACGCUCCCUUAUGUCAGAGAACGAGGGCCUCAAUAUAGUGAACCUAGGACUGGAAGAUAUCGAGGCUACUUCUCGCGCAGCACAGCAUAUCCGGGCAGUGUUGCAAUACUAUUUCUGUGCUGACACCUCCUUACUGAGCAUGAAUGGCGAGGAGAUCCUUGAGAUCGAUGGCCGCUUAUGCUUAAGUCGUGUCUUGCCGGCAGAGAUUAUAGCGAAGGAGAUCUGGAGUAUGCAGAAAUCCAAGGCCCAUAUGGAUAACGAUGUGCGCAGCCUUGGGAACAAUGAAAUUGAAAUCCAGAUACACGCAGCUACGAUUACACCAAACAUUACCACUGGCCAACCUUCUUUGGGCCAGGAGAUAAACGGCACCAUCACCCAGAUCGGGUCAGACGUGCAAGGCACCUUUCAGGUUGGCGAUCCCGUUGCUGCUAUCGUACCGCAUUCUGGCACGGCAUCAAUCAAAGAUCGGAUUCAGUGCCCGGUUGGUCUCGCUCAUAAGAUCCCCGACGAAUCAUACAGAAAGGGAGAGAUUGUUUUGCCACUCGAUUUUCUGAUUGCAUACGACUCGCUGCACAAUUGUGCGCGGCUACAGGCAGGGGAUUCGAUUAUCAUCCAUGACGGCGGUAGUUCACUCAGUCAGGCCGCGAUUCAACUCGCUCAGUUCCUGGGUGCAGAGGUUUUUGUGACUUUCAAUACUAAGGAUGAGGAAGCUAUAGCGGAUAUGUACUCUAUCCCCGCUUCGCACAGAUUUCCACAUCAAGGACAUAUGCUGAUGAUGGGAAUCAAACGCCUAACCCACGGUCGAGGCGCGGAUGUCAUGUUCACUCCAUUUAUUGCGAAGAAAUCGGAUCAAGCAGCGUGGGACUGCAUGACAGAAUAUGGCCGAGUUAUUGAGCUGGUCGACACGAAUGCAUCUACUUCCCUCAGAGCUAUGCCUCCCCGGCCUCGACUCUUCAAACAAAGCGUCAUGUUCGCCCGGCUGGAUAUUCCGACGCUUCUUCAAGACACAGAGAAAAUUGCAACUAUCUUGCCUCAGGUCAUGCGUCUGAUAGAGCAUAAAUCAGUGGUUGCCGUACAGCCUCUCAGAGUACUCGCCUUCUCUGAGCUUGAGAAAUCCGGUGGUGUGAAGGCUGUUGAGCAAUCUCAGUCAGCCAAGACGUGUAUUUCCUUCGACUUGAACGAUCUUACCGCAUCUAAGCCGCAACUAUUCGACUCGACAUCGACAUACCUCAUUGCCGGGGGCUUGGGUGGUCUUGGGAGAAGCAUAGCCAAAUGGAUGAUCUCUAAUGGGGUCCGAUAUCUCGUUCUCCUUAGUCGGCAAGGUACAGAAAGCCCUGGAGCAGAUUCCUUCCUUAACGAAUGCGCGACCAUGAGCGUGACAACUUUCGCGCCCAAGUGCGAUAUAAGUGAUGAAGUGGCAGUCAGUGAAGUUAUCCAGGAAGUACAGCGGCGGAUGCCUCCCAUCAAAGGAUGCAUCCAGGCAUCUAUGGUCCUCAAGUCUGCCAUGUUCGCGAAUAUGACCCUCGACCAGUGGAACGAAGCACUACGCUCAAAGGUGCAAGGCUCGAAUAAUCUCGAUCGCCACCUUCCAACCCAGCUGGACUUCUUCAUCUUCUUAUCGUCCGUGUGCGGUAUAAUCGGCGCCAGCGGUCAAUCCAAUUACGCCUUUGGCUGCGCCUACCAAGAUGCACUGGCCCGGUCUAAAGUUGCGAUGAGACAGAAGGCUGUUUCAAUUGACCUCGGGAUUGUCGAAGGGGUUGGAUACACGGCCAAGCAUCAGGGCGUGGGUUCCUUCAUGCGCUCACUGGGCUUACAGCCCAUUUCUGAAGAAUAUCUCCUUUCCAUACUAGAAUACUACUGCGACUCCAGGCGUGAAAUUCUUCAUCCCAGCGACGCCCAAAUAGUCGUUGGCAUCAUGAACCAAGACGAGGGGCAGCGAAGUGGACUUGUGCGCUCGCGAUUUUACUCGCGGCCGUUGUGGAAUCAUUUGCAGCGACGCAUGAACCCAACGCUUGGCAGGAGCAAGGUCGUUGCUGCUCAACGAUCGAAUGAGAAGGACCCCUCAUCGCUGAAACUCCCGACUGCCGCGAUCGAUGAUACGCUUUCGUCUACUGUGGCAGAUGGCGGUCCAGACGCGGUCAGUCGGGCGAUCUGCGAGAGGGUCUCGGAUGUGCUUGCUAUCGACGCUGAUGAUAUUGAUCCAGCGAAGCCGUUGCAUAUGUAUGGGGUGGACUCAUUGGUUGCGAUGGAAUUGCGGAGUUGGUUUAAGGAAGCACUCCAGAAGGAUGUGGCUGUGUUUGAUAUCUUGAGUAAUCGGCCGAUAGAAGUGUUGGCUCAGGAGGUCGUGGGUGUGGCUGCGGCUGCAUGA